AUGUGGAGGGACCCCCGGCAGCCCGGGAUCCUCGCAGGAGCCGCCACCGGCGGAGCGGAGAGCGCGGGGGACGCGGGGGUUGCGCAAUGUUGGUCCCUUGUGAAAGCGCCGUGUAGGAGCCGCCUCUUCCUUCUCCCCGUGUCCGUCCCCGGGUCCCCCGCCCCGUUGCGACAUCGCCCGCGGGAGCCGGGACGAGCGCGCUCCGGCAUCUGCCCCCUCUGCGACAUCUGCGACAUCCGCGACAUCCGCGACAUCUGUGACAUCUGCCUCGGCGGCGAUCGCGGCUCCCGCCGCCCGUUCACGCCUGGCUGCCCGCCUGUCUCGGGCCGUGCGAUGCUGCAGGACUGCCCCAAGGCGCGCAGGGAAGUGGAGCUGCACUGGCGGGCGUCGCAGUGCGCGCACAUCGUCCGCAUCAUGGACGUCUACGAGAACCUCUACCAGGGGAGGAAGUGUCUGCUGAUCGUCAUGGAGUGCUUGGAUGGAGGGGAGCUCUUCAGCCGCAUCCAGGACAGGGGAGACCAGGCCUUCACGGAACGGGAGGCGUCUGAGAUCAUGAAGAGCAUCGGGGAAGCCAUCCAGUACCUGCACUCCAUCAACAUCGCACACCGGGACGUCAAGGUACCACCCCACGCCGCCCUGCCCUGUGCCCUGGUGUUCCAGACCCCUCUUGGCUGUGCCAGACCCCUCUCCACAGUGCCAGACCCCUCUCAGCUGUGCCAGACCCUUCUUGGCCAUGCCAGACCCCUCUCCACCGUGCCAGACGCCUCUCAGCCAUGCUUGGACCAGCUGCUCUGGGGAGUGUUGCUGACCACUCUGUGCCCCUAUCCACAGGAGGAGAUGACCAGUGCCCUGGCCACCAUGCGAGUGGACUAYGAACAAAUCAAGAUCAAGAAAAUUGAAGAUUCCUCAAACCCUCUGCUGAUGAAGAGGAGGAAGAAAGCCAACCCCACCGAGCCUGCCGCGCUGCCCCACUGAGGGCGCCCGCCGGCCCUCCAGAAAGCAAUAACUAUAUAUAUAUAUUUUUUAAGAAAAAAAAAGACAAAAAUAAACGGACUGUUCUAUUGAGCGCAUGGAAUUCAGACAUUUAUACCAGACUAGUUAUUUUUAGCUACUCACCUGUGUUUCUGACCUUUCUGGAGCAGGUGGUAAAAUCCCCUCCCUCAAAUCCACACCUGCAGCCAGGGAUUUUUUUGUCCUGUAGGUGAACGCCGCCAAUAAUCGGAUUUUUAUUUUCCUUUUGUGAAACAGUUUUGAUUUAUAUAUAUAUUUUUUUUUUUGUCCUCCUCUCCUUCCUUCCAAAGACAUGGCAAACUCCUGUGGUGACCUUUUUAGGGUUAAAUAACGUAUAAAUAUUUUUUAAAAACUACUGUAGAGCUGAAAGGCAGACAGCGUGUUCCCUGUGUGGGUGCUGGCCAGYGAUGGGCUCCAGGCUCCGGAGCGGCUCAGGGAAGCAGAGCCACCUUCCCCCACAUUCUGUCGGUUUUUGGGGGUCCCUGUGGCCACCAAAGCUGCUGCUGUGAAAGCACAGGAGCCAAAAAUCCCCAUUUUGCAGCACCGUCCGUGUGUCCGUGCGUGGCUGUGUCCGUGGGUCAGGAGCUGCCCGGGGCUCCCCCUCUGUGUCCUGGGAUGCAAUUCUGACCUCAGGGCUGGGCAAGGGGUGGCCAUGAGGCCAUUCUGCACCCCCAGCUCAGCAGGGACGGGGGUUCCAGGAGUGUCCCCCCACCCUGGGGACACACAGAGGUGGCCCAGGGCCAUUGCUUGAGCCAGGAUGGCAGCACUGACCCCUCCCUGCUGUCCCCCCAGGAGCAGGGCGGCUGCUCUGAAGUCUUUAGUCCAUGAAUUAUUAUUAUUAUUAUUAUUAAUAUUAUUUUGUCACGAUGUUUCACUUCGUUAAAUGUGUUUGAAUGGGGAAAAACAAUUUUUUAAGGCAAUGUUUAGUUUUUAGGCGAUCUUUUAGACACUGUAUGGAAUUUUAAUUUGUUUUGAAAACCGGU